UGCAUUUGCCUUGAUGGGAUUCUUCUUCUUGUAUCAAUCUGAAGCAAAAACACCCAGCGCAAUCCAGUCACGAUGCCCAAGUUCUUUCGCGACUACUGCGAUGUCUACCUCACACACGACUCCAUGUCGGUGCGCAAGGCCCACAACAGCGGCCGAAACCACCUGCGCAACGUCGUAGACUAUUACCAGCAAAUCGGCCACGAAAAGGCCCAGUCCGUCAUUGACUCGAUUACUUCUUCGUACGCUGCCGAGGGCCAGGCCCAUGCGAACCCGAUGCUUCUUCAGAACCAGCCCGGCCAGGGAUUUCCGGCCUUUGGCUUUCCCGGCGGCAUUCCUCCACCAUUCCCCGGUAUGCCUGGAGCUCCUCCCGGCCAAUUCCCCCAAGGCCUCCCACCACCUCCCGGCGGUCGCGGCAUGCCCUCCAUGCCCCCCUUCCCCCCAGGCCCCAACGGAAUGCCUCCCAUCCCCCCAAACGGCCUCCCCUUCCCUCCACCUGGCGGUCUUCCUUUCCCGCCUCCAGGCGCACCCGGAGGCCCUGGUUUCCCUCCGCCAAAUUUCGCUGGUAUGCCGGGAAUGCCGGUUCCGCCGCCUGGGCAGCAUUCAUUCCCUCCGCCUGGAUUUCCUGCUGGGGGACCGCCUGCUCCUGGACAGGACAGGCGGUGAUGAGUUCGGGGUUUCGGGAGUUGAUUGGUAUUUAUUGAGUUGAGAUUGAGUGAUGGGUUAAUAUUGGCGCAUGAGGCGUUUCUUUCUUUUGGCAUUUCACAGCACAUAAACUAGUUUCAGUAGACCAAAGGAUGAAGAACCAUCCAAAAUAUGACAAUAUUUUU